AUGCGCCUGUCGCAAGUCGACCGCGCCUGCGGGGGUGCCCUAGCGCCUGAGGCUGCAAGUUCUGCUACGCUGAAGGGCAUUGAAAUGUCCAGUUUCGAGCCCAAUGCGGUGAUCCGCGGCUUCCAGCUCACCGUGGUAGGAACGCUGCGAGCCUUGCGCAAUCCGGAAUUAUUCAAGUAUGAGCAUUUUCGACAGGCCGGUCUCGCGAUUGUCGUUGGGAUCGUUAUUCAGUUGAUCGUUCAGAUUCCGAUCAUCACCGUCAAGUUCGGCGUCUACUUGGCAUCAUGGGUAGUCAAUCUCAGCCAAGCAACCUGGGACGACAAGCUUCUCAAUUCCCUGCAAUUCUUGUCCAACUCGGUUCUCCAAAUACCAUUCUUGCUGAUGACCAUGAUGCGCUAUGUGACCCCAACGCUGGAUGAGAUUUUUAUGCAAUCUAUCCAAUGGGUGGAUACAACGUACAUCCAAAAGCACAAAUCCGAGGAUCCAGAUUCGUUGCGUGCCAUGUACUAUCCGAGCCUUGUCCAGUACUCAAUCAAAGGUGGCACGGGGAUCUCACGGCCUAUCCCGGAGGCCAUGGUAUCGUUCAUGAACCGCUACGCCAAAAGGGUUGGACUGAUGUUUGGAGUUUAUUUCCUUUCGUUGGUUCCCAUCGUCGGCCGAUUCGUGAUGCCAUUGGCCAGCUUCUACACCUUCCGUAGCCACGUCGGCGGCACUCCUGCGGCAGCGAUUUUUGGCGCUGGCUUGGUCCUUCCCAAGAAGUAUAUCGUGACAUUCCUGCACACUUAUUUUGCAUCGCGAAGUCUGAUGCGUGAACUCUUGGAGCCUUACUUUUGCCGCAUCAAAUUCACACCCGAGCAAAAGCGCCGAUGGUUUCAGGACCGAGAGGGCGUUCUGUUUGGCUUCGCCUUUGCAUUUACCAUUGUGCUGAGGACACCCUUCAUUGGCGUGCUCAUGUAUGGCGUGGCAGAAGCGUCCACGGCAUAUCUCAUCACCAAGAUCACUGACCCGCCACCCACUCCGUCUGAAAGCCGGGACUUUGCAGAGAGCCAGGUGACCUGGAAGAAUAAACAUGACUUCUUGCGGUUGUCUUUGGAUAACAUCGAUAAGCUCAAUGUUGUCACCGACGAGGAUGCCAAAGAUGGUACUUCCGACCACUCGGGAAAGAAGUUCACUUGA